AUGGAUCGAGUUGCUGCCAUGGACCCACCAAUCACUAAUAGUAACCCCAUUGAAGAUUCUACAAUACAUGACAUAUCGCAAACAUUAAUUACAUUAGUAGUAUCAAGAGCUACCCAUGGUAUUGAAGAAAUAGACAGAAUCAUUAUAUGUGACGAGACAGUGGCAUUCUCUUACUCCUAG